AUGGGGAUAUACAUCUUCUUGGAUAUUUCGCAUCAAGAGACUUCAGCCAAGUAUGUCCAUCCAUCGACUCUCUCAAGGAAAGACAAAACGAGUUACAGACAUCCAAAUGUGACGCAGGGCGAAGCAGCCAAAUCAAAAACCGAUUCGCGAUUUAUUUAUCAAAGAACCGGCUGGGGAAUCCAAGGAAAAAUCACAGACAACGAAUGUCGAGCAGCCAACUACAAGCGGCUCCACUUCCGCUUUAUUAUAGCAAUUGUCAAUAAUUUUGCACUUGGAAGAAAAAAAUUAGUUCUCUUAAUACCUGCUUUGUCUACUACCACAAUAGAGAUGGUUUUCAAUUCAACGAAAACAAAUUCCUCGUCGAACGGCGAUUCAGCGAACGACGAGGUGAAUGCUGACUUGGUUUUUGAAGCUGCUCUGCUGAAUUACGGCAGUCGGAAGUGUUUCAUGCUGGGCUUAUUUCUGCUCUGCACAUCCCCCGGAAUUCUGAAUGGGUUCCACGUAAUGGUGUACGUGUUUUACGGGUACACACCCCAGCAUUGGUGCGCCAUUCCCGUGCUGGAAAAAGCUGGAUGGACACCGGAACAAAUUCGUAAUAUCUCCAGUCCAAAACCCGGUGAUUGGUCGAACUGCAAAUACUACAAACGAAACUACGCCGCGUUCGAGAAAAUGACCUACCAAGAGGCGAUGAAAAACGUGGAAUCGCAGACCAGACGUCAAAUUUUAAUAGACUGUACCGAAUUCAGCUACGAUCUCAAGGAUUUGCAGGGUACUUCGGUGGUCCCCGAGGUGAGAUAACAGCAAGCCGGCCGAGUUAG